GAAUCUGGUAUGGAAUUCUGGAAGGCAUUGGAAUUCUUUCUGUUAUCACAAAUGCAUUUGUUAUAGCUGUGACUUCAGACUUCAUCCCUCGGCUAGUUUAUGCUUACAAAUAUGGACCUUGUGCAGGCCAAGGAGAAGCUGGACAAAAGUGUAUGGUUGGCUAUGUUAAUGCCAGUUUAUCAGUAUUUCUGGUGUCUGACUUUGAAAACCGUUCAGAACCAGCAUCAAACGGAAGUGAAUUCUCCGGCUCACCAUUGAAAUAUUGCAGGUACAGAGACUAUCGAGACCCUCCUCAUGCCCCAGUGCCCUAUGGCUACACACUGCAAUUCUGGCAUGUUUUAGCAGCACGAUUGGCUUUUAUUAUAGUUUUUGAGCACCUUGUCUUUUGCAUAAAGCACCUGAUUUCCUAUUUAAUCCCAGACCUUCCAAAAGAUCUGAGGGAUCGGAUGAGGAGAGAAAAGUACUUGAUUCAGGAAAUGAUGUAUGAGGCUGAGCUGGAACGUCUACAGAAAGAGCGGAAGGAGAGAAAGAAAAAUGGAAAAUCAUAUCACAAUGAGUGGCCGUGACUGGCUUCACAAGAGCACUACCUUCAAGAGAAUGGGAAAAAUAAAUGCAAUUUCAGUGCAUGCCACAGACAUUUUACAUAGCCAAGCAGGUCAGUACACUUCAGAGGAUUUACUGUGAAAUUGUUUUGCAGUCCAGUGUAUGAUUGAUAUCCAUAGAUCAUUCUCAACAGAGCGAGCAUGUACUUCAUGGGCAAUUAUACUCAAGUUUUUAAAACCAAGGAAAAAUUGUAUACUGGGACUGUUUUUCAGCCUGUUUGCUACGUUUUUUGCAUUCUGUCCCAUGUUGGUUUUACAAAUCUUAGAAUAAUACAUGUAUAUGAAGAACCUGGAUACUUUGACAAAAAAUGCCUAAUUCAACUCCACCACCUACUUUCAAGCCACCAAAUAAUACAACUGAAACCCUGUUUACAAUUCAAUUCUUUUUUAUUUCAGA